AUGUCGCGACUGCUCAAUGUCCUGCCCCGACGACCGCAAGGGACGGCCUCCGUCUGCAAAUCAUGCUCUGAUCGACUGAGCCCUCCGGCUAUCCGUCACUUCUCAAUUUCCUCCGGCGCAUUCACAAAGACACUUCAGAGACCACAUGCCAUUUCGACUGCUUCGUCAAGGUUCUUCUCUACCACCGCCGUUCACCUCGCCAAAGGACACUCGAACCGCGAAUUGCUCCCUUCUGCGCCUGCACGAACACGUUUCGCCCCGUCUCCUACUGGCUACCUUCAUCUCGGAUCACUACGCACCGCUCUCUUCAACUAUUUGCUCGCCAAACGAACCGGAGGUCAAUUCCUGCUCAGAAUAGAAGACACGGAUCAGAAAAGACUGGUUCCUGAUGCCGAGCAAAGGCUGUGUGACGACUUGAAGUGGGCUGGCGUUCAAUGGGACGAAGGUCCGCAAGUUGGCGGUCCAUACGGUCCUUACAAGCAGUCCGAAAGAACCCCACUGUACCAGAAACAUGCCCAGGAACUCGUCAACUCCAAGGCCGCCUUUCGGUGCUUCUGCAGCUCUACCGCUCAAGCUCCUGUCGACGUUGACGCCUCACUAGUUGGCUCUGCCAUUGGUGGCUGCCAUAGCGACUGUGCCAGCAUUCCUCUAGAAGAAUCAGCUGAAAGAGCACGCUCCGAGAAACACGCUAUCCGCUUCGGCAAGCCCGACAAGGCCCCCAGCUGGUCUGAUCUUGUCUAUGGCAAAGUCUCACUCGAAUCCAAGAAGACACUACCACAAAGAGCUGCCGUCGAAGGUGUCAUUCUUCUCAAGGGUGAUGGAACGCCGACAUACCACCUCGCAAAUGUCAUUGACGAUCACUACAUGAAGAUUACCCACGUCAUUCGUGGCACUGAAUGGAUGUCGUCAACACCGCUACACGCCGCGUUGUACAACGCUUUUGGCUGGACGCCCCCCGCCUUCGCCCAUGUUGGACUCCUCACCGACAAGGACCAAGCAAAACUCUCAAAACGCAACUUCGACACCGAUAUUGGAGCUCUCAAGACGAAACAUGGUAUUUUGCCAGAGAGUUUGGCCAACUUCCUUUCCUUGUUGGGCUGGCGCAACCCUACUCGUGACGAUGUCUUGGAAAUGAACAAACUGGUCGAACUCUUCGACUUGAAAUUCACCAAAGGCAACUCGAUUGUUUCGUUUGACAAGUUGUGGUAUCUACAGAAGAAUCAUGCGAAGAUCAUCAUCGAACGUGCCAUGCAAUCUUCAACGUCAGAUCCAUCUUUUGAGACUUUGGUCGGUCUGAUUGAGUCAUCCGCAAGAACCGCCUACCCACAAUCGGAAGCAGCAUCUGGAAGCCUGGAUUUGAAAACACACAUCAUGAACAUCCUCUUUAUCGACUCAAAAACAUACGAGAACCCAACUUCAUACGUCGAGCGAAAUGCCUACUUCUUCACCACUCUGCCACCAAUUUCUCCCUCAACUGAAAGUUCGAUCUCAACAUCAGACCUCCACGACGCAGCCUUGGAAUUGAUGUCUAAAAUAAACACCUCCAGUGUUUCACUGAAUACAUCCACAGACUAUGCGCAAGUAAAGCAACGACUGGAUAGCGCAGUAGAAGAGUACUCUCGAGCUAUUGGAGACGAAAGAUCAAAGGAAUGGAGCAAAGCACUUCAUCGUUAUUUGCGAGAGAAGCUCUGCUUUGGCCGGCCAGGUCCUGGAAGCUCACAAGUCAUGGCUGUGCUCGGGUAUGAGGAGUGUAUGAAAAGACUUGAGAUGUAA